AUGUGCACGCGACUAAGCCUAGCCGGCUUAACAGAUGUACUUGUAUUGCACAAGGCUGCUGCCAGUGUGGCCAGGGCAGCAAUAUGCACAUCCAUGGAAAAAUUUGCUGAAGGCUCUUUUAACAAAGUGUUUCUUCUGUGGUUUGACAAUGACAAGGAAGUCAUUGUUCGCAUACCGUGUCCCAUUGCCAGCCUUCAGAAUUUAGUCAUUGCGAGUGAAGUAGCUAUGCUCGACUACAUGGCACAUCAUCUCCACAUUCCUACCCCGCGCGUUUGA